UCCAUGUCGAAUCCCCAAGGUUAGAAUUUCUAACAACAUAGCAACUUUGAAAAUGGCCGUAUUUCUAAUGAUUUACAUCCCAUGCUUACUUCUGCUUGAACCUUGUCUGACGACAGCUGGCCGGAGUAAAGACUCAAUGACGGAGCAGGGUAUGAAUGUAUCAUCGUCAUGGCAAAUCUAAAUGAGUAAAUGUAAUCUUUUAUUUCCUAACAUGGUCUGACACAUUUCGUCGUGUAGAAACUGCUAAAUGCUCUUCGGUCUUACAACUCUAGAUGAAGACAAAAUCUCUACCCAUUUUUUAUCCAGCUUUUUAAAUAGCUACCGUGUGUUAGCAAUCGUUUCUAUUGAAACAUUUGUUUAAGUAGAAUAAUGCAUCUCGUUAAUAAAAGAUAAAAAAAUGUGUUUUAAUUUUCACUAAAUAAAUAGUCUUGAAAUGUUAUGUUUCUAUUCCAUUUCUUUCUUUCAUUUUAAUGAGAAAUAAUAGUGACCUAUUCUUUGCCAUGACACUAAGGCUGCAGGGCAUGGCUCUCCCGCUAUUUGCAUUUGAAAAGUAACAUUAGGCCUGAAAAAUCUGGUUCUAGAUCCGGGGGGGGGCGGGGGGGGGGGGGGGGGGGGGGGGCACUUGCCCCCCCCCCCCUGCAUUGAUUGGAUAAAAAAAUUUUAGACAAAAAUAGACAAAAAAUGUAUUAAAGUAAAGAGAAAAUAAAGAGAAAGUAACUAAGCUGAUGUCCUGUCCAUUCGUUUACCAUACACAUACGGCAUACGCUCCAGUAAAUUAAAACUAUAUUAAAAUUAAAAUAUUACUAAACAUUUUUUGCCCCCCUGGAAAGUUAAUCGAUUUUUUUUGCCCCUCACCCCUAGAAAUUUUUUCUGCGGGCGCCCAUGUCUAGAACAAUACUUUUUGGCCCCUGAGUACAGCCAUCAAAAGGGUACAAUCAUCAGAAUUGCACUGCCAUCAGAGCGGCACAGCAAUCAGGGUGGGGAAACAUCAGAGGAGAGCAUGAUAGUCAAUUUUUUAAAUAUAAAAUAAAAUAAAAAACUGUUCGUGCUUUCUGAAAUUCUAUGUUUUUCUAGUGUGGAUCACUUUGAUUUUGGAAACUGUUGCUGUAGGUACCCAGAGACUGACAGACCUAAGCAGAUUAUCUUUGCCUUUGUAUUUAUUUUUCUCUCAAAUUUCUAAACGAAAAUCUUAUAUGGUAUGUAGAGAAAGAAGACUGGAAGAAGAUGGAGGACAUGUUGCAGAAAGAGAUGCAAAAGACCCGACAGAAGUAUGCCCGGAAGUCAGACACCUGUCAGCAGCAGCAAACCAUGGAGACCAGGAUGUUGAUGCCAAGCUCAGAGGACGAGACGUUUGAGGACGUGUUCAAGGCGCAUCUCUGUAAGCAGUGCAAAGAGGUGGCUAAAAAGGUAAGAUCACCAACGUAUCUAAGCAGUGCAAAGAGGUGGCUAAAUGGUUAGAAUACGGGAAUAUUUAUGCAAACAUUUCAAGAUUACCGAAGUAUGUUUCUAAACGGGUUACGAUUACCGAUAUAUAUCUGCGCAUUGUAUGGGAGUGGCUCUCCUGUAUAUGUGACAUUGCAUCUAUUAUAUGUUUUUUUUUCCAUGCAGCUAGAGAAGGGCAUGACCAGCGCCGAUAAACGCAAAAGAUACGGCAGACAUCUUGGGGAGGAUGAGGUCACAGAACUCAGUUACAAAAUUUGUGACAAAAAAGUUGAAGAGUAAAUAUCGAAAUCUGCUAUGUAAUUUUGUCUGUAUAUUUACCUGUUUGUUUUCAAUUGCAGUCUUUCGGUUUGUUUAUGUAUUGUCUGUCUGUAUUAAAGUUCAAUUAGUCGGCAUUUAUGUUUUCUCCAUAAUUAUUCAUUUUUACUCUUGUUUCCAUUCAAAAAAAAUUAUUUAAAAUACAGCACAUUGAUGUCAAGAUUUUACAUCUCUAUUGUAUUUCUCAAUAUUUAUAAAUGAUGCAUUUCUCUUACAUUCUACAUCUCUCUCAUGUAUUCCAUAUUUCUAUCUCAAAGUAUGAAGACCCUCUGUAAGGAAUUGGUGGAGAAAAAUGAGGAAACAUUUUUUGAGCGUUACCAAGUGGGACCAGAGUUUGGACUUGAGGAGAAAAUUUGUCAGGCAAAAUGUAAUGGUACCAAGGAACAUGACGAGCUUUGACCCCACCAUUAGCUAGUGGCCUUGACAUUAAUUUAGUCCUGUGUGUAACCACUAUGUGUUUUUUAGUGAUUAAUUUUUUGUUUUUGACUAACUCAUUAAAGUUACCUGAUC